UACUUCCUAUAUGAUUUCACCAUGGAUAUCAUCAUAUAAAGAAUUACAGAAUCUGAAUUUCUCUUUCUUCUAUAAAUAUAGUGGACAUAGUUUUGGACCAUUUUAUGUUAUCAUAAUCCUCAUUCUUCGAAGUUCUAAAUUAUGAGCAUCAACUUUCUUGAUCGUCAUCUUCCACUUUACAAGCUUUUUGCUUGUAUUGUCAUCUUUUUAGUUCUUCCUUCCUUGAUUCUUGGAGAGUGCACAUGUGAUAAUGAUGAAGAAGACCGCGACAAGACUCAGGCACUCAAAUACAAAGUUGGAGCCAUCGCCUCGAUUCUUGUUGCAGGAGCUAUUGGAGUUUGUCUUCCGAUUCUGGGAAAAUCCUUUGAAGCUUUACGUCCGGAAAAGAAUACUUUCUUCGUGAUCAAGGCCUUUGCUGCAGGAGUUAUACUCUCAACUGGGUUCAUCCACGUUCUUCCUGAUGCGUUCGAGAAUUUGACAUCGCCAUGUUUGAAUGAAAAUCCAUGGGGAAAAUUCCCUUUUACAGGAUUUGUUGCGAUGAUGGCAACGAUUGGAACUCUGAUGGUGGAUGCUUCUGCAACUUCUUACUACACCAAGUCUCACUUCAAUAAGUCUAAACCCGGAAACUUUCCUGGAGAUGAAGAGAUGGUUCAACCGCAUGAAGAUCAUGUUCAUGUUCAUACUCAUGGAACUCAUGGACACUCUCAUGGUGCCAUCCCUUCGGCUGAUUCAGAGCUUCUUAGACAUCGUAUCAUAUCUCAGGUUUUGGAGUUGGGAAUUGUAGUGCACUCAGUGAUAAUAGGGAUUUCAUUGGGUGCAUCCGAAAGUCCAAAAACUAUAAGGCCUCUGAUAGCUGCCUUGACUUUCCACCAGUUCUUUGAAGGCAUGGGGCUGGGAGGUUGUAUCGCUCAGGCAAAAUUCAAGUCUAGAGCGAUUGCAAUUAUGGUGUUGUUCUUCUCAUUGACAACCCCAGUUGGAAUAGCGAUCGGGAUAGGAAUAUCAAAUGUGUAAAAAGAGAAUAGUCCCACAGCUCUAAUUGUUGAAGGGAUUUUUAAUGCAGCAUCAGCCGGGAUCUUAAUAUAUAUGUCUCUUGUGGAUCUUCUUGCUGCUGAUUUCAUGAACACAAAGGUUCAAACCAAUAAAGGGCUUCAAAUUGCAGUCAAUAUUUCUCUUCUGCUUGGUGCUGGCUGCAUGUCCCUAUUGGCCAAAUGGGCUUAAACCAUAGCUCUGUUUUUUUUUUUUUUUUUUUUUUUCAAUUUCAUCAGCUGAAUGGUGUACUUUAAACUUUGUGCUUAAUAAAGUAAUCCUAAUUCCCAAGUGCAAGAGCUUUAUUGGAAGCAAGCUUCUGCGUUUGUUAGGAAGAGGAAGGACAAGCCGUUUGGUGGUUGUUGAGAGCAGAACUGGGAGGAUUGCUCCAUACUACAAUAAAAGAAAGAAUAUGUGCAUGUUUGUAUAAA